AAACUAAUCAGCCCGUCUGAAGGGGCGGGCGUCUUUGAUACUGUAGUUGGUACUGCAGUUGAUGGUUUUGUUCAUUACGGCUUACCUUGGAUGGGUAAAAAAGCAGUUGAAAUGGGACGAUAUUAUGGCUCAGAAGCACUCAGAAACCCUAAAUUACAGAAAAAAGCUAUAGAUUAUACUUUGAACAAAUUAAAUCCAAUGAUUCAAAAUGUCGGUUCUCAAGCUCUUAACCAAUUGUCAACUAAAAUACGACCAAAGAAAAACUAUAAAACAAACAGGAAAGAUUUGGACGGUGCUGGAAUAGUUAAUAGUGCAUUAACAUCAGGUGCAUUUGGAUCUCCGUAUCAUGUGGAUUUUAAAAAAGGAUUCCAAUUAUUGACUGACCCUGAUUUAUUUAAACAGCCAAGUGGUGAUGAAAUCAAAGAUGCUAAAGCUCGUGUUAAGUACUACAAGGAGCAAUACAAGAAAGCUAAAGCUAAUGGUUACAAGGGAUCGUAUACAAGUUUCGUUAAAAAUAAGGGUUGGGCGGGAAAACCGUCUUUUACAUUCCCGGGAUUUGGAGGAACAAUAGAUAUCCAUAAACAGAUUGGUAAAUUACCAAAACCAAAAGGUGGAUGGACCUUACCGGGGCAUAAAUAUACAGGUCCUUAUAACGAUCUCGAAAACCAAGUGCGAUACAAUCCGGAAACUGGUGAAAUAUUAGAAAUUUACGAUCAACCAACUGGACCAACUGAUGCUGUGGCCAUGCAACAUGAUGUUGAUUAUAGUGUUUGUGGUGAUGACCGAAAGUGUAAAAAUAAAGCU